AUGAAUUCUCAAGCACUUAGCGUUCUAAAGAUGGAAAAUCAAAAUGAUCAAUUUGAUUGGUUGUAUUCAGAAGAACUCCCUCGUUCCCCUUUCGGAACACGGCAACAAGAUUCAAGAUUGUCCAAUGGAGGCUUAUUCAACUUUGACUUUGAUCCCUUUCAAUUUCCCAAUGAUGUUCAAGACAAUCACUUCCCAUUUUUUGGGCUUGAAGACUUUGAAGAAAUAUGCCAAGAUUUGGGCUCGUUCGACUUCAAACUACUACCACCUCCAUUGCAAGAAGACAAUAAUAUCCUUAUUGAUGAUGCCAAUGUUAAUGAUAUGCCUCUGAACAUGACACAUAGUCCUUUAGACAAAUGUCAGGUUACUAAUCCCAUCUUUUAUGGAACAGAAAUUUGCAGUGGCACUAAUAAGGAGUUUAUUCGUAAGCGAAAACAUAAUAAUGGAAGGUAUAAGAAGAGUGAUACAUUGGAAUUAGAUGAGAUACAAAGGUAUUUUCAUGUACCAAUAACAGAAGCCGCCAAAGAGUUGAGAGUUGGGUUGACAGUGCUGAAGAAAAGAUGUAGGGAACUAAAUAUCAUGCGUUGGCCUCAUCGCAAGCUUAAGAGCUUGCAGACUCUCAUUCAUAGUGUUAAGGAAAUGGGACUGACAAGUGAAGUGGAGAUGCUGGAAGAGCAUCAAAGAAUGCUAGAGAAAGUGCCUGAAAUGGAAUUAACCGAAAGAACAAAGAAAUUAAGACAAGCCUGCUUCAAGGCUAAUUACAAGAAAAGAAGGGCCUCCAUGGCUGCUGCUUUCUUCUGA